AGGUGAGAAAGGCAGGGUUCGCUAGGCUCCGGGCACAGGGAGAGCUGCGAUGGGGGUGAGACUGAGAGGUUGGGACUGGGAGCACCGAGAAAGCAGGUGGGAGCAGGUGGAAGAGGAAAGAGAGCGAAGUGGGCCCGUGGGGGAACCAGGGAUUUUUGGGGACGGGGGCGCCAAAAAUUGGGAGCAGAGGGACGCACCAUUCCUGGCUUCCUUUUAGUUGGUUUGCGAUGAGGGUCAGACCCGGCGUGGGAAAGGGAAUCUGGGGUGAGGCACAGACGGUGUGUAGGGACAGGGUUUGCGUGAGGGGCAAGUGGUGUGAGUCCCAUAGAGCAUGUGUGCCUUGGCCUGGUCUUGGAUACCAUUGCUCUCGCUAGGGGCGAACCUGAAGGCCUGAGGGGUCUAUGAAUGGGCUAGUGGGUGGGCAUGAGGGCUGCUUCCCGAGCGAGUGUCCAGGACCUUCGUCUAGGAGCUAUGCCUCAGACACAGGUGCACUGUCUAUUUCAGAGGCCUGCGGUCUCCUACUUUUCCUGGUUAUUUCUCCUGGGUGGUCGACUCGCCAGGCAUGGUGCCAAGGAUAGGGACAUGAGGAAGAAGGUGGCUUGUGCCAAGAAAGAAGUCAGUGGUUAGUGGGUAGGCAGGACAGUUUUGAUCUGGACCCAGAGCCAGAGCCCAUCUCUCUGGGUAUUGCCCAAGUUCUGGGCAUUUGCCCUGGAUACUGGUGGUAUGCCAGUCGCAGCAUAGUCCUGGGGUCUGCCCAGUUCUGCCCUGCUGAGUUGGCAGGAGGGUGCGCAUGCUGCCUGGCACAGAUGUCCUGUGGGCUGGUGAGAAUGAAUAGGUGGGCACUGUUACUGCGAGCCCCCUUUCUGAAGCGAUCUGAGAACGUUCUCUAAUCACAUGGCCCCCUUCGAAAGGUGAGGAUGGAGAGAGCCCUGGGAAACUGUAGGGAACGAAGCAGGGUCUUUGACAUGACUUUUUCAGCCAGUUUUGAGAAUGGGAAGGAGUGUGAAGGAGUAUAUGAAUAAUGGACACGUAGGUAGGUGCGACUUCCCACCACUAAAAUACACAUUCUCCCAGAAUGGCAUUUCUGAAAAUGCAGAUCAAAAGAAAAAAACGACUUCAGAGGAAACCUAGUAAUACAUUUGUGGUUCUAAGUGGGGUUCCUCAUGGGUUUAUGGCUGAUAAAUUCACUUUUCUGUGGCCUUAUCACUUUAUUAUAUGUAAGCCUUUGCUUGGGUUUUCACCUCACACCUCUCUGCACGCAUGUCAUACACGUGACACACUUAAAGGGAAUGUGAGCUCUAGGGAAGGAUGCCAAGUAGCUAUAAAAGGAGAGUGCUAAAAGCUGCGUUGUCAGAGCUUUUCCUCUUAACCCUUUGAUUGCCUUUUCAUCCCAAACUCAAAACUCCCCAGAGAUUGUGGGUCACAUCAGCUUUUAACUUGGUGGGUAUACUUGUCCCUAUGGUUUCAUCUUGGAAUAAGGACUAUAUUAGACUCCACCUGAUAAUUAGACCUUGAGGUGAUCACGGUGUUUGAAAAUGUAGUCUUGGGGUUGGGGAUUUAGCUCAGCGGUAGAGCGCGGUAGAGCGCUUGCCUAGCGAGUGCAAGGCCCUGGGUUCAGUCCCCAGCUCUGAAAAAAAAAAAGAAAAGGUAGUCUUGACCUUCGAGUUCUUCAGGUAUUUUGGUGACUUCUACACUGCUUGGGUUGCCAGAGACUCUGCUGGACUGAGGUUUGUUAAAAUUUAUUAUUUUCUAGAAUACCUCACAAGUCUGUUACAGAGUUGGAAAAAAAAAAGGAGAUGGAACCAAGGACUCUGAGGUUCUAGAGCGGUGGCCUUUAUCCUUCCUAACAAAACAGAGAUGGGACCAAGGACCCUGAGGUUCUAGAGCAGUGGUUCUUAACCUUCCUAACAAAACAGAGAUGGGACCAAGGAUUCUGAGGUUCUAGAGCAGUGGCCCUCAUCCUUCCUAACAAAAUAGAGAUGGGACCAAGGACCCUGAGGUUCUAGAGUGGUGGUCUUCAAUCUUCCUAACACUGUGACCCUUUUAAUACAGUUCCUCAUGUUGUGGUGACCCCCAACCACAAAAUUAUUUUUUGUUGCUACUUUUAUAACUGUAAUUUUGCUACCGUUAUGAAUUGUAAAUAUCUGUGUUUUCUCUUAUGUGACUCCUAUGAAAAGGGCUUUUGUCCCACAAAGGGUUUGGGACUCACAGAUUGAGAACCACACUGCUCUAUAGACAAAUAUUGGCUCUAAUGUAAGAAGUGAAAAGCAGAAGUGAGCAUCAAGUACCGUGAAGCACACUUCUGAGAAUGUCAUCGUCUACCAGUCUGUUUGAGCACUGACUAAUUUUCCACAGAGUCUUACUACGCACUGCCUUAAGGGGUGCUGGUGGGAAAUACUACCUCUGUUUUUCUGCCCAGGCUUCCUCUGGUGUGCUGCAUGUGAGCUCACUUCCUCCAAAAGAAGAGAGGUGUAGCUUUCUGUUCUCACCUGAGCCUCCUUGACUGGAACACUAAAGCUUUUUGUCUGCUUGAGCAGAGCUUUAUCAAAAACAGAAACUCAUAUUUUUUUGCAUCUAAAAUAGACACUUUACCAUUUUAAAGUCAGUUGUGUGGAUUUUGUUUUUCUUCUAAAAUGCCACCAAUUCCUUAUGAUAUAAAGUUUUAGAAUUUAAUAGAUUUGUCAAAGUUUUAGCAUUUUGACUCUGCAAUCAAUAUUCUAUAAACUCCCUAUGAAGCAGAGUAAAUUCCUAAAUGAUUUUUGGUAGCUCCACUGGCUGCAUUUUAAUAGCUAACAUCUUAAUAACUCUUCAUAGUCUUGUGACAGGAUCAUAGGGACCAAAUUGGAAUGCUUCCUCCAAAAUGCCUGUAAAAUAUUCUGUUUAGUAAAAGAUUGUGGUGUUUUUCUCAGAUUCUUAGUCGCAACUAACUGCUUUGACCUGCCCUUCUAAUCUGGAUCAACGCUGGUCAGACCUUCAUUAGUCUGAAUACCAUCCAGAAGCCACUUCUAGUUUCAUUUUAAAGAAGGCUCCAUUCACUUUCAAACAGUAUUCUUUUAGGAAAAUUACCCAGUGCACAUUCGUUAAGUUUCAUACAAAAGGAUCCUGCUUUAAUUAGAGAUACAGCGCCAUAUUUCCAUUUGCUUUUUAAAUGGGUUUGUCCAGGCUAUCAAACACCAUAUUGACAACCACGGACGGUGCUUUGCAUGGUGCUCUGUGAAGAUUUGACAUUGCUAUUGUUUACCCUUGCCUGUGGAGGGGUAAGCAUGUGACUGGUGGGAAAGCCACAUGAUACGAACUGGAUGAGUUAGAUAUGGGGCCAAAUGACCUUUACUUGGAGUAUUUAGAAUUUCCUUCCAUUCAGACCAUUUGUGUCCUGUAGUCUACGGCAAGUGUCUAUAAGCCUGUCAGCAGGAGGUUGCUCACGAGUGAUGGACUCACUUGUCUCCUGCUCAUGGUACCAUGAGUCUUUGCUCUAGUGUUUCUCGGAGGUCCUGAACUAGCAGAAAAGCUCAUGUGUGGCACUUGAAGGUAUUCCAGGGACAGUGCCUCUUGUCUGAGGUGCGUGUUUUUAUUCAGGACAGCUGCAUGGAGUCAGGAGUGGAUUGUGGAUUCAGUAAUUUCUGGGCUGUUUGUACUCCUACCCAGUCUCAUCAUUGUUUGCCUUGGUGGUACCCUCUUUUCUUUACCCCUGAAGUGCCCCCCCCUUUUAAAGACAUGAUCUCACUAGGUAGCCCUGGCUGUCAUAAAACUCACUAUAUAGACCAGGUUAACCUCAAACUCAGUGAUCUGCUCCUGAGUGCUGGGCGAGUUCUGCCACUCCCAUUGCUCCUUAGUUAAUAUCCAGUCUUUUCCAGAGUGCAUGAUUCCAAGGCACUGCCCGUCUGUCCUGUGCAUCUACUCUCCCGUCUCUUCCCCACCCCCACUAUCAGUGCACAGCAUUUUGCUCUGACCUCCCUGGCCAUUUUACUUCUGAGUAUAUCGAGUUCUUUCUCUCUUCAGCCUUUACAUUGGCUUGGAACACGCUGUACAGUCUGCCUAUGGCCUUUGACCUCACUGAGGUGUGCUAACUCUCCAUCCUCCAGAUUCCAGCCCAGCCCUUUCUGCUGGUCCAGACAAUUAGCCUCACACCUUCAUAGUGCCUGCCAAAGCAGUUAUGAGUUGUAUGACUACUUGGUUUGUAACUGUUGUUUUCUCUCUAGACCACAAGCUCCAAGAAGCAUACAAACACAAGUUACUCUAUUCUCUGAAUCUUCAGUCUAGCACAGUGGCCAAUUUAUAGGGAGCACUUGAUGCAUUUUUAAAUACAUGUUUCUAAAUGAUUAGCUAUAAUGUAUCUGAGUCUUACCUCCUCCAUUGCAAAAUAGGAUCACAGCUGAGUAUUGUAAAGCUCAAGAGUAACAUUAAAGCAGAAAAUGUUACCUAGGUGUAAUGUAAGUACUUAUACCUUACAUUUUUUAUGUAUUUUAUGGGUGGGGGUGCUUUGUUUGCAUGUAUGUCUGUGUAUCACUUGUGUGCCUUGUGCACACAGAGGCCGGAGAGGGCAUCAUAUCCUCUAGGGCUCUAGUUGUUAUUGUGAGCCAUCAUGUGUAUGCUAGGACUCACCCUGGGUCUUCUGGAAGAUUGGCAAGUGCUCCUAACUCUUGAGCCAUCUUUCUAGCCUACCCCUUGCAAGCACUUUUUUUUUUUUUUUCUUUUUUUUCCGGAGCUGGGGACCGAACCCAGGGCCUUGCGCUUGCUAGGCAAGCACUCUACCACUGAGAUAAAUCCCCAACCGCAAGCACUUUUUAACAUUAAAAUUUUUUUUAUUAUUUUAAUUUUUCACUUUACAGCCCGCUUACUGCCCCUCCCACUCACCUCUCACAGUUCUUCCUGAGUAAACAUUUUUAAAAUACGUUGUGUGCACAUAAAAGUCCUUGCUUUUAUGUGGUGAUACUGGGGAUCAAACUUAGGCUUUAAGCACACCAAGUAAGUGCUCUACCACUGAGCUAAACUUGAGACCUAAAAACGUUUUGUGGUUUGUUUUUUUUUUUAAACUUAAGUCAAGAAGUAGUAUAUAGAGGGAUAGAGAGAUGGCUCAGGUGUUAAGAGUAGUGGCUGCUCUUCCAGAGGACCUGGGAUCCUCAGACAUCCAUAUAGGGGAAACAUCAAUGCACAUAAAAUAAAAAUAAACCAUUAAAAAAAGUGGCAGUGGGGCCAGUGAGAUAGUUCAGCAGGUAAAGGAGUUUGCCACAUGACAGGACUCAUGAGGUGGAAGGAUACGACCAACUUCUGUCAGGUGUCCUCAGAUGUCCUCUGACCUCUACACAUGAAUCACGGCACAUGUGUGUUCACACAAAUGUAUACGUGUAUACAAAAAUCAAUAAAAUACAUGUAAAAGCUUAUGAAGUAGUGUGUGUGUGUCUGUGUGUGUGUGUGUUGUAUGUAUCUGUGUGUGUGUAUGUAUCUGUGUGUGUGUUCUAUGUAUCUGUGUGUGUGUUGUGUGUGUAUGUAUCUGUGUGCGUGUAUGUGUAUGUGUGUGUAUAUAUGUAUCUGUGUGUUAUGUAUGUGUGUGUAUGUAUCUGUGUGUGUGUUGUAUGUAUCUGUGUUUUAUGUAUCUCUGUGUGUGUUGUAUGUAUCUCUGUGUGUGUUAUGUAUGUGUGUGUAUGUAUCUGUGUGUGUGUGUUGUAUGUAUCUGUGAGUGUGUGUUGUUUGUAUCUGUGUGUAUGUGGGGGGUGUAUGUAUCUGUGUGCAUGUAUGUAUGUGUGGUAUUUGGUUGUACUCUGCUCAGUACUUUAUUCUAAGAACUGACAGGUUUAUUUGAGAAAUCCUGUACGGUUGAGCGGUGGCACUAGGUCACAAGCCACAUAAGUCUACUGGGAAAGCACGCCUUGCUGGUUGAUGUUACCUCUCCUCUCCUCAGGGAGGAGGGUGAGUUUAUUUGGUUACCCAUUUCAAAAGCCUAAUCAAAUGUCCCUUUGUUAGCAGUUCACAAAGCUUCCACUGAAUGUGGUUGCGUGCCUUGAAAUCGUGCCUUGAAUUCACAAUGGAAUUAGAGGGCAGCAAGGGGAUAGUGAACCUUUUGAGUGGAAACCAUUCUGUUUAGUAAACUUGAAGCUUGGUCAACUGAGCCCACAGAGAAGUUGUGGCUGAAGUGGAGUAAUCCAUAUGCAAAGACUACCUGUGAUCCAGCUUCCAGCCCUCUUAGACAUGGAGAGGAAAGUCCCAUCGAGAGAGAGCCCCAGAAGACUCUCUGCCAAGCCAGGCCGAGGCACGGAGAUGAAAAAACUAGCCCGACCACUUGGUGUGGUGGCUGCUGACUCAGACAAGGACUCCGGCUUUUCAGAUGGGAGCUCAGAAUGUCUGAGCUCUGCCGAGCAGAUGGAGUCAGAGGACGUGGUGAGCGCCCUGGGCUGGAGCAGAGAGGACAAGCUGAGGCAGAACGCCAGAGCGGCAAACCACGCCUUCCCCACACUGUCCCCUAUGGUUGUCAUGAAGAACGUGCUGGUCAAGCAGGGCAGCAGCUCAUCCCAGCUCCAGUCCUGGACUGUCCAGCCCUCCUUUGAAGUGAUCUCAGCGCAGCCACAGCUCUUUGUCCUUCAUCCACCUGUGCCAUCUCCUGUCAGCCCAUGCCACACUGGUGAGAAAAAGUCAGAGUCCAGAAACUACUUGCCCAUUCUAAAUUCUUAUACCAAAAUAGCCCCGCACCCAGGCAAAAGGGGCCUCAGCUCCGAAGAAAGAGGAACAAGUGGGGCACCGAAGAAAAUCUGCGUGGAGAGACUGGGGCCAAGCCUGUCUUCCAGUGAGCCAGCCAAGCCUGGCCGUGUGCUAUCCAGUCCUUUCACUCCAGCCCUACCCAGCUCCAAGCUCACCGAGGACUCGGCUCUGCAAGGAGUGCCCUCCCUUGGGGCUGGCGGAAGCCCACAGACUCUUCAGCCUGUGUCCAGCAGUCAUGUAGCCAAAGCCCCCAGUCUGACCUUUGCUUCGCCCGCCAGUCCUGUAUGUGCAUCAGACAGCACUCUGCAUGGCUUAGAGAGCAGCUCCCCUCUCUCCCCACUGUCAGCCAGUUACAGUUCACCUCUGUGGGCUGCGGAGCACCUCUGCCGCAGCCCAGACAUCUUCCCUGAGCAGAGGCAGAACAAGCAUAGGCGCUUUCAGAAUACCCUAGCCGUCCUCCGGAAGUCUGGUUUGCUGGGAAUCACUCUGAAAGCCAAGGAGUUGAUUCGUCAGAACCAAGCAACUCAGGUGGAACUGGACCAGCUGAAGGAGCAAACCCAGAUGUUUAUAGAGGCCACCAAGAGCAGGGCUCCUCAGGCGUGGGCCAAGUUGCAGGCGUCACUCACAUCUGGGUCCAGUCAUUCAGGCAGUGACCUAGACACAUUGUCUGACCCCCCAGACAUAUAGCACAGAAGCAUUUCCAGUUGUUUGAGUUAACUCCUUUGCGUUCACAACUACACUUGUUUUCCACAGCCUAUUUAAGAGCUUUUCUUUCUAAAGUCACCCACAAAGCCACGUGCCAGUCCCUGGCUGCUGUCUUAAUCUGUGGCCCAUGCACAGGUUAAGUGUGUUAAGUUCGUGAGGACCUCCAGCUGGAAGUGUCUGUGAGUCCCUUUCCCUUAGCCUGCACGCGCUUAGCUGGUCCUUGGGACAAGGGAGAGACGGCUGUGUCUCUUCUAGCUGUUACUUCCCAUCCUCCUCCUCACUGUCCAGGACCAUGGUGCAGUGACAUGGAUGAGUGCACACAGUGACACUUGUCCAACAGCCAAGGAGUAGGUGACCUAAGGAUCCCUUCACUGUCCUCCUUCAAGUAUGUUAGUCAUGGAGAAAAAGAAGAGGAUGUGUUUUCAUUUUACCAGGUGUGGUCUGUUGAGUGAAACCUAGAAUGCUUUGGGCCAGGUGCCUGGGGGCAAGCAUUUACCACAUGAGGCUUUGUUCCUUACACUUGAAAGGUAAGGGAGAAAGGGCAAAGCCAUCUGACUCACACCGAUCACACACUGAUCUCACUUAUACCAGUAGGCAAAUACUUCAGAUUUUUAAAAUAUAGAAUGGAUUUAAUACUGUCUGGAAUUGUAUUUGAUGAAUUGCUUUUUUGAUUUAAGGGUCAAAGAAGGCAGCAUUUUGGUCACUAGCUGGAAGGUUUUAGUAAUUUAUGCUGGAAAUAGCACAACCCAUCAGAGGCUUGAGAUGGGCCUGUAGGAUGGCUCCGUGAGUAAAGGUGCUUACUGCCAAUGACCUGAGUCUGACCCCUGAACCCCAUGAUAGACCGAGGGAACCUACUACUGUACAUGCACAUACACCAUGAUAAAUGGAUAUAAAAUUAAAAAUAGAAGUCAACGUCAAAACAAGGUAAAACAAUCACAAGCUUGAGAUGGCUUCAGUGGGUCCUCGGGGUCUAGUGUAAGUCCACCCUCAGCUGUCUCUUGUCUGUACCUCACCCAGCUGUGUCUGAGGGAAAAAUGAUCAUGCUUAUAAAUUUAAGUUAAGUAAACCCCAGGCCACAGCAACCAGAAAACAUCCAUUUUCACAUCUGGGUUCUCACUCAUGCCCUGUCAUGAUGGGGACACUGUGGAACAGUCUUGCACCUUUGUUUGAUGUGGGCAGCAGGGCUGAAGUGUGAUGUCCCUCUCUGAGGCUGGUCUUAGGGUGGAGAGCUUAAGGAGAUCCCAUUGUCUUCAGCUUCCCUGUGUCUAAGUGGUAAAGAUCCCAAGGCUUGUAUCCUGCCUGUUAAAAUUUUCAUCCUCCUGGAAAUCUUUGUUCUUUACAAAUUAACUUGGGUUUUAUGACCAGCCUCAUCUUUUUCUGCAGAGAGUGUGCUCUUGGGGCUUUACUAGGUCCAGUUAAGGUUCACAUUUAUUACAUAGCUGGUUGUAAUUCUAACAUAGUUUAAAAAGUAUAAGACUCAGGUUGGCUCCACUGUGCUCAUAAAGAUAUAUGAUUUAGAUGCGACUGGUUUAAAAAUGAUCAACUUGGUAAAAUCUCUGUUCUUUGGUCAACAUAGAAUUAUUACUUGCUGUUUGCUUUCUGAAAGUUUCUAAAAUCAGAGUCAGUGUUUCUGGGUAGGCUCGACUCCUUCCCUUGAUUCCGUGGUAUUGUGUUCUGCACUCCACUGGGAAGCAUCCUUCCUGGCAGAAUGUUUGGCAGGAAGGCUGCAGAGACAGGAGCAUUCAGAGCAGCCUGCACCAGCUGUGCCUUACUGUGUGUCAGAAGGCUGGGAGCACUUGCUGGGAGCCAAGUAUACUACUGCACUGGAAAAGCCCUCUGUGGUGCUGUAAGUCAUGGGACUCUCUUCCCACAUUCGGGUUUCAUUUCCUGUCCUGUCCCCAUAAGAGAUGAUGAGAGCCACCGUGGAUCCUCACUGCUGAGUGGUGGGAGGGUUGGCCCCGUCACUGCUCCUCUGUGAUCCUAGAGGCACAGCUGCACAUCUCUAGGCUGCUAGCAUAGUGCUCUGUUCCUGGAGCAGCUGGAAGCAGACAGACUCCAGUAGAGAAUCCUUUGAGGCCCGAGAGCAGACCAGCACUUAGAGAAAGUCUGGAGUGGACCAGAAGAAUCUUCAUUGGUUGCCCAAGGCUGUGAGUAGCAAUGGCCUUAGUGCAUGCUAUGAGCUCUUCUGAAGCAUUAUGUAGGGCCGUUGUUUUCUCAAGGUGAGGAGUCAAUUUUAACUCAGACCAGCCCACAGGAGAACCCUUGUCAGUUGUAUUGGCAAUAUCGGACACAGUUAGAAAGGUUCCCGACUGAAAUUGGUUAUAGAAUGCACUGUCAUUUGUAAUGUACUACACUGUUUUUAUUGAUUAUGGUACUGUCUGACCUAUCUUUUCUGGUAUGACUCCUUCAGCAGACACAUUGCUUCUGCCCAUAUACUGAAGCGACUCCUUAGGGUAGAGACUACCAAAUGUGAGUUCUUCUAAGAAAGUGUGAAGUCAUGUAGAAAUUGACUGUGAAAUGUCAAAAAAAAAAAAAAUAAAAGUCAUGUACUUGAAAGCUA